CUUAAUAACCCCCCCCCCGUCCCGGUCCCGCCUCCCGGCCCGGCUCCUCCCCGCGGCUGCGCGGCCCCGGCUCGGCCCUGGCGGUGCGGAGCGGGGCGAGAUGGUGCCUGAGCUGCAGAAGCCCACGGUCCGCAUCCUGCGGCCGGAGCGGGUGCUGGGGAUAAUCCGGUCCAUCAAGGAGCAGGGGAGCAGCAAGCUGCAGGUCAUCUCUGACUUCGACAUGACGCUGAGCAGGUUCGGGUGCAAUGGCAGGCGCUGCCCCACGUCGCACAAUAUCCUCGACAACAGUCGCGUUGUUAGUGAGGACGGCAAGAAGAAGUUAAAGGAUCUGCUGCACUAUUACUACCCCAUAGAAAUCGAUCCCAACCGGACCCUAGAAGAGAAACGUCCCCUGAUGGUGGAGUGGUGGACCAGGGCCCACGACCUGCUGUCGCAGCAGAAGAUCCAGAAGGGUGACAUCGCCCAGAUAGUCAGGGAAUCAGACGUGAUGCUGAGGGAUGGAUUCAAUGAUUUGUUUGAUCAGCUGUACAAGUACAACGUCCCCAUAUUCAUCUUCUCGGCCGGCAUCGGCGAUGUCCUCGAAGAGAUCAUCCGGCAGGCCAACGUCUUCUACUCCAACGUCAACGUGGUGUCCAACUACAUGGACUUCGAUGACAGCGGAGUCCUCAAGUGCUUCAAGGGACCUCUCAUCCACACCUACAACAAGAACAACAGCGUCCUGCAGGGCACGGAGUAUUUCCAGCAGCUGAGCGGUAGGACGAGCAUCAUCCUGCUGGGGGACUCCAUGGGGGAUCUGACGAUGGCAGACGGGGUUCCCAGCGUGGAGAACAUCCUCAAGAUCGGCUUCCUCAAUGACAAGGUGGAAGAGCAGAGGGGGAAGUACCUGGAUGCCUACGACAUCGUUCUGGAGAGUGACGAGACGCUGGAUGUGGUCAACGGGAUCCUCCGCUACAUCCUUCUGGAGACAUGAGCUGGGAAGCCAGCGUCCCAGCCACCGGCCAGGGGAACAAACAGACGUCCUUCCACUGGCAGAGCUGGGCUGGGUUCUCUGGUACCUGCCUGAGUCCAUCCUGGUGCCUGGGGCUGUCUCCCUGCCCCGGCUCUUGUGUGUCGUGUCCAUCCCAAACCUCACCGGCUGUCCUCCUGGAACUGGAGGGCUGAGAUGCGGGAAGCAAGGAGCCUGCUCCUUGUGCCCCAUCUGUGCCUCGGCUCUGCUGCUUCCCUCUCAGACUUCAUCCCAGCUCUGGGGACCACAACAAACCAUUUGUGUUCGGGGGAGAGACAUCCUGCGCUUAGCUUCAGCGGCUGGGUGCAGAAAUGGAGAUGGUUUGCUGUUGGUCGAGGACAGACCCAUUUUACAUUGAAGCUGUUCGGUUUUAAGUGCAUUCCCAUGUGAAAAAAAAAACAAAUUUAUCUCCUGA